UGUCACUUCACUGUCACAAAAAUUUGGGAGUAAACAAAAAUAACAUCCUUUAAUUUUAGUAUUUGAGUUUACUGAGUUUACUAUUUUUUUUAGAAUGGAAGAAUACGACAAAAUUUUUAAUAAUGAUCCUAUUUACAUGAAAAGCCUUCUGGGGAAACAAGUCAAAAUAAAAACUGUCGAUAGUAGAACUCAUUCUGGCAUAGUUUAUGUGAUUGAUCCCGUUUUCAAAACAGUUGUCUUACAUACAAAUUGGAAAAGUAAUAAAGACCACGACACGCUUAUGAUUAUGCAUCAUGCCAUUGAAUCUCUUGAAGAAUUACCUGAGCCAGUCAAUGAAAGUUAUUUAGAAGAAACGUCUGAACAUAAUUCAAAAGAGAGAAAAUAUGCAGUAAAGAAGUGGCUGAAGAAAAUGAUGAUAAAUGUGAAAGAAAGUGGUGAUUACUUAAAAGUGGACGAUCAUUUAGUUAUUGUACCUCCGUACGGACCUGAAAAUUGUAUAUGUAAUAAUACAAUUGUUUUAGAAAAAGUACAAAACAUUUUAGAAACCAUGCCUAAAGAUUUUUGUUAAAAGAAUUGGUACAUAUGAUGUAAAACUAAGAAGCCAUUUAUUGUAGCAACUAGCAACAUAUUUUAUUACUUAGUUUGUAAGUUUGAUAUUGAUUAAUAUAAAAUAGAAUCAAG